AUGACUACUAGUAGCCCGAUUUCUUCCGCAGAUUACGAAGCUGAUGAGGAUUUCAAAUGGUGCUUGGACUCUCGACGGGCCUCUGAUUGCCCAGACAACCCUGAAAGCAAACGACAACCCAAAGUCGAAGCUCAUGCUCCAAAAGAAUCAAAUUUAUCAAUUGUUCAAAUUUCAGAUCCCGAAAAUGAGGUAAAGACGAGAAAUAUUACACAAGCCUCGUCAGAUUUUGCCGUAAAAUCGACCACAAGCAAAGUUCUCACUGCUUCGACAGUCCCAAACGAAGAAUUGAUUAAACGAAUCAGUUCUCCAAGUGAACCAAAUACGCCUGAAGAAAUCUACGCUACCACUAGAUUCGCUGAUAUUCUCAUCUCAUCCCAUGACAUGAUAUCCGGAAAUUUUGCCCAUGACCCUAAUAGUGAUUCUGAAACUAAAGAGACGCAUAUAAAACAACCGUCGUAUCCAGGGAUAGAAUUAACCCAGUCUGAUCGACGUGUGAAUGAGAAGACGACAACAACGCGGUCAUCAAACGAUGUGGUGAAUUUUGAAAAAGAUGAAGACGUUGUUAGUUUCUCGCAAAAAGAUUGCUCUUUUAUGUCUCCUUUCUCUUACUGCCUGCUUUCUGAAGUAUUUGACUCGUCAGAAACACACCUGCCACCCUGCGUCUCAAGAUCAGAAAAUGCACCACUUCGAAAAGAAACGAACGAAUUGACGACUUCAGGCAGUUUAACGGACCAAGCGGGGGCUGUUCCGACUCGAAUGGCACUUCCUACGAUUCGAUUGAAUGCACACACAUUCGAAGGCUAUGCACCAGAUUACGAUUACAGAAUGGAAGAAGAAUCGAGUUCAGACGGUGCCAGAAUUAACGGGUGUAACGAAGAUAAGUUUGUCAAAAAUAGCGAAAUGAACCGGACCGAGACGAUGGCUGAGGCGGCACUUGCUGAGGAGAAUUCAGUUCAAGCGCAUUCAGUUCCGGUGAAUGCUGCCAUCUGGACGUCAGAUGACAUCGAAAACUUCCUGAUAAAUAAUAAUUUUGAAGAAAAUAUGCGGCUUGGUUUCAUAUCAUCCGAAGACAUAGACAUUUAUGAAUGGAAACGAACAACUGGCAUGUCCCCCAUCUGCGACACGGACUGGACGCGCGCCACGCUCAGGAGGAACAAGGCCUUCUUCAGGGACGAGUCCAGGGGCUCCUUCCCGCUGCCCGACGUGGGGCGGGCCACGCCUGACGUCAACCGUGCAGGGCAGGGCGCCGUUAGUGCCACAUGUGACCAACCGAGAGCGUCUCAACGUCAAGGCAAGACUCCACCGGUGCGACCUGCUCGAUCGAAGCAGAGGAAGACCAAGCAGACGACGACGUCAGGAGAGACGAUACACGUCAUGGAGAUCGAGUGCACCAGCGACCACGGCGGCGACUUCGCUGACAGCGACUCAGCUGCCGAAGACGUGUUGCAAGACGUGUUGCGGCCUCCACCGCAGCCCAAAAUGGCUUCCAAACGACCGUCGUCCAAACUCACGGGUCAUCUCGCCUUCAGAGGAUUCAAGCUCUGUAAAGGAGCCGAGGGCGGAUCUAAACCAACCGUUGCCUCGGAUGUUGGCCUCUCCAAGCCCCAACCUGCAAACUGCAAAUCAGUUUUCUGAACAAACACAACGAUAAUCACUAUGAAUGGUCUCAGUAUAUUGAAAUUCAUUUAAAUGCCGUAGACCCUUAAUUCAUUGCCAGCCAUCGUCGCUCAGAGGCAUGUGGAGCAUCGCAUAUCCGCGAGAUGACCUUACAUGUCCCUGACCUCGCAGCCAAAGGUCUAUUUUGCAGCAAUGAUUGCCACUCCUCGACUACUGCAGCAACUCUGUCAGCGAAUAGACUUAAAUCUGAAGCUGUUUUAGAGUUGUCACGUGGACUUGAUGAACGAAAGAUUUCGUGCGUUCAUCAUCAAGAUUUCUUUCGUUCAUCAUGGUGAACGAAAGAUUUCGUGCGUCGAAUUCAAGUGUUUCAAGAUUAAAAUACAGAAUUACGCGCAUUUCAGAGAGAACUACGAAGAAAUAUACGCGUGGAAAAUAUUUCGAGAGCCAUGAUUCGUACCGUUAACCCUGCAAGAUCGCGUCCUAAUUUUUAUAUUCAUAAAAAUCUUCAUUUCAAUAGCUAAUUGACUCAAUAUGUUUUUGCUUCAUGAUUAUUAAUUAUAAUUUCUACAGCCGACAAACAGUAAACAA